AUGUCGAUGAAGUCAGCGUUCCGGAUAUCGAAAAAGACGAUGGCGCUCAACAAGAAGUUGGCGGACCUUCACCAUUCGCCCGCGGCUCGCGCGUUGCCCCCGACGAUCGAGUCGCUCGCGUUGAGGUACAAGGGCAUCAAGGGGAAUGCGACACUAUCGUAAGCCGUGCCAUUUCCCACCGUUUCUGGCUCUCUAUGCGGUCGAACUAAUACCGACCGCUCUGGUACCUUAGUCACUGGGCUCGAGAGGAAUUGCCCGGGUUGAAGUGGGCCAACCCUGAAUUGAAGAUCAUCAUCGAGGAACCCCUCACACCAGGAAGCACACCCGCCAAUUUGCAGUCACCGGGGAUUACCAUCAACCUCAGUCAGUGGCUCACCUCUCCUCAUCCUCAACUAUUAAAAUUGACUGGGAGCUCGGCGCUGAAACCACCGCGCUUCCUUCUUUCUUCGGAACAGCCGAUUCUGCAGAGCCCGUAUUCUAUCCCGUACCUUCGACCGUUCGGUCACAGAACGUCACACCCGAGUUUUUGCGGAUCCUGACUGAACCCGAAGCACUCGCAAAACUGAGAGGCAAGCAGACAAAAGCCCCGACUCUGGAAGCCCAACCGAGUACUUCGACGCCCGGGGAGGCGACGACUUGA